ACACGAUUAUGGUCCAUGUAUUAUGUAUGUGUGAAUUAUGUAUGAUAGUUAAUAUGAGCCAGAAAUGAUUACCAUAUGAACUGUUGCAUCUGUAGGCUUGAAGUGACGGUCGUAACACAGUCAGUUGGGAGGACUCAAUGGCAGAGUUGAUAUUAUUAACAUUUUCAUUGUUAGAGACGACAGUAUCUAGUGUUGUUAGUGAACAUGGACCAUGAAGUGGAGUCUGGUCACUCAUUACCACAUCAAGAGGUCCUGAAAGGGAGUACGUAUCCCACUACGCUGAGAUCCAGACAUAUUGUCUUCUCAAUGGCUCCCGUUGUGAAACACUUACUGAACCGUGCCUCAACUCAGUUUGCUAUGCAAAUCAUGAUGUACUGUCCGGAAGUAGUCAGAUGUCCUGGAGAUGUUGCUCGCCAGCGGGGUGAUGACACCGGAGGUAAGGCAGCGCGACGGGUCGAGGACGUCGCAGACAUCGGGGGAGAAGGCGGCGUGGCGACGACGGUGUAUUGAGGAGAGUUAGGGCUGCAAGGCGGGUCGAGGACGUCGCGGAGACCAGGGCGAGGGCGGUCGGGCAGGGCAGAGCGGAGCGAGGACGGCGGGGCGGCGUGCCGACGCGAGGUUCGUGGCAUGGUGGUGGCGUUGAUCGCGGAGAUACUGUUUAUUCGCUGGAUGGAGGUGCCAUCGUUGGGACGUGUAGGAGCCUGUACGUGGGAGUCUGCCGGCAGAACAUUUGCUUAGAACCGUCGAUCUGGUUCAUGUAUGGUUGAUGAAACGUGGACAAUUGGAUGGUACUAAGUGGGUCUGAUCGAACAUCUGGGGUUAUCCUGUGUGCACUUUCUUGUGUGGAUGUA